UGAAACCGGAAGGUGGGAGUGAGUCAUCUGUGUGCAGAGACGAUCUCUGAGCUCCACCAUCUCUGUCAUCGGUCGAUGUUUGAAGCAGCUGCCGGAGCUUUCAGCCAUUUUAUCACCAGCCUCACUCACCUGUGUCCAACCACAGUUCGGUUUAAACCCGGGUCGGGUCUUUAGUCCCGGGACUUGGAUCUGGAUUCAGUGUGAAGUCCAGAGGCUGUCACCCGGGUUAUCCUCCGCCUCUGCCUCCACCUCUCAGCUCCACAUGUGACCGCGGGAUGCCGAGCAGAUAAACCCGACAACACACCGUGAAGCAUGAUGGGAGGUGGCAGAUGGACGAGCCGGUUGUGGGCCGACCAGUGACACACACACACACACACACACGCAUCAUCAUGGACCAAGGCUUCAGUUUAAACACACUGAAGAAACUGGCGGCAGAACCAGACUACACCGACGUGUCACUGACAGCGGCGGAGCGCGUGCGGCUGGGGAAGAUGGGAUGCAGCGUGGAGAUCAACGAGGAUAUCGCACCGCGGCGCUACUUCCGCUCCGGCGUGGAGAUGGAGCGCAUGGCGGCGGUUUACCUGGAGGAGGGCAGUUUGGAGAACGCCUACGUCCUCUACACCAAGUUCAUCACUCUGUUUGUAGAGAAGCUGCCAAGUCACAGAGACUAUCAGCAGUGCAGCGUUCCAGAGAAACAGCUCAUCAUGAAGAAACUUCAGGAAGUGGCGUUUCCUCGUAAAGACGAGUUGAAGAAACGUCUUCAGGAGAAAUACAGCAGGGAACACACCGAGUACCUCAGAGCCCAGAGCCAGGCAGUGGUGGUGGAUGGGUGUGGCCAGCAGCUGCAGCACCUCUCCCUAUUGGAUGAGGACAGGAGGCGGUUCCUGCUGUUGGAGGGAGAGAGGCAGCGUGUCGCCACCCUGCGACGGAUGCAGAUUGAAUCAGAGCAGUUCCGUUACUUCGAGGACCAGCUGAGGCGUCAGGAACUGGCCAAUAGGAGAGGAGAGGAGGCGGAGCAAAAGGUGGAGACCAAAGUGCCUGAGGUGACAGAUGGCUCCUGUCUGUCUCAGCAGCCAAUCAGAGACAGCCUUCGAUCCCAGGGGGCGGAUCCUAACAGAAACAGACUGCCAGCUCCCGUCAGCCAACCGGCUGCUACGCUGGCUGGAGUACACA